UGAAAAUGGGGAGGUUGUAUCUCGAGGCAGAUGGCGUGAAAUGGUCUGUGUUUGAGUAGUGAUCCCGCGCCCUCGAGAGGGGCAGCGGUGGUCAACGGUAUGGCGACCGUCUGCAUCGGCGACAAGAUAAAGGAUUUCAAGGUUUUAACGCUGUUGGGGAAGGGUUCGUUUGCAUGUGUUUACAGAGCAAAAUCUGUCAGUACUGGUCUGGAAGUAGCGAUAAAAAUGAUUGACAAAAAGGCAAUGCACAAAGUGGGAAUGGUACAGAGAGUCCGUAACGAAGUGGAGAUUCACUGUCAGUUAAAGCAUCCCUCUAUAUUGGAGCUUUACAACUAUUUUGAAGAUGACAAUUAUGUCUAUUUAGUCUUGGAGAUGUGUCACAAUGGAGAGAUGAGUAGGUAUCUAAAGAACAGGAAAGCUACGUUUUCUGAAGACGAAGCUCGACACUUCAUGCAUCAUAUUAUUACUGGAAUGCUCUACCUUCACUCUCAUGGUAUACUGCAUCGGGACCUCACUCUUUCCAACCUUCUUCUUACGAGUGAUAUGAACAUAAAGAUUGCUGACUUUGGAUUGGCAACACAACUGAAAAUGCCACAUGAAAAACAUUUUACCAUGUGUGGCACCCCCAAUUACAUUGCACCAGAGAUUGCAACCCACAGUGCUCAUGGCCUUGAAUCUGAUGUCUGGUCUCUUGGUUGCAUGUUUUACACCUUUCUGGUAGGAAAGCCGCCAUUUGAUACUGACACAGUUAAAAAUACACUUAAUAAGGUGAUGCUGGCAGAUUAUAAAAUGCCAACGUUUAUCUCCGGUGAGGCUCAAGAUCUCAUUUACCAGCUGCUUCGAAAAAAUCCAGAAGACCGUAUCACUCUUUCUAGUGUAUUAGAUCAUUCAUUCAUGUUAAAAUGCUCUUCAUCCAGAAGUAAAAGUUCAGAAACUGUGGAGGAUUCAAUGGAUAGUGGGCAUGCCACGAUUUCAACAGGAUAUACUAUAGGAACAGGAUCUUCUGGCGCUAGUACAAUGGGACGCUUGCAUCUAAAGACUAAAGUUAUAGGACAGUUUCUUCCUAACAAAAUGGCAGUCAUUACCUCUCACAACAGACUUAACUCCUCCAUGGAAGGCAGUGCAGUCUUUAGUGACAGAAGUAUACAAAACUCUGAAAUUAUCAGCUCUAAUAGAGGAAGAAUUAUACAAAUUGCAGAGGAAGAACGACCUCACUCUCGGUGGCUUCGUAGAGCACACUCCACUGAUAGAUCUGGUACCUCUCAAAGCCAGAAUACAGAAAAGUCCAGUAGUACUUUGGAGCGAUGUCACUCUGCUGAUGCUCUGACAAUUUCUGGCAGACCUGGAAUGUACAAUCCUGCAAACGCACAUGAAGAUGGUUAUCUAGGUCAUCAGCAACUCAGUAAAGACAGUUCAGGUAUUGGUGGCUCACAUGAGAAACCUGCCACAUCUCCACCUGUCAAGCAGACAGCGAAACCAAAAGUUGCUCAUGAGCCUGUGUCUGAUGGGCCAUUCUUAGAGCAGUUGUCUCAGAUUGGCAUGGCACAUCGCUGGUGUGAAGAUGGUCAGGCAUGUAAUGUUCCAUUCAAAACUGUCGUGGAUGUUAGUGCCAGCAGCACUAGUGAAAAUUUCUAUUGUGGAAGAAAACAACACAUUAUGAAAGAAGUAGUGUCAGCUAGAGCAUGGGGAAAAGAUCCUAGCAACCAAGUGAAAAGUGAUACUUUUUAUCAAGAGAGCUGGUUCAAAACACAGAUGGGAAUUCGGAAGUGUGAUGAGGUUCUUCUACCACAUUGCGCCAAAGGAGGUAAUGGACAAGCAGACGUUUCAUACAACUGUUGUCAAGUUUUAAAACCGCACAGCUUCAUCCAACAAAGACAACCUUCUGAGAAUCGUUCAAGGAUGUUGCAAGAGUUGGUGUCACCACUGAGGGCCCACAGACUUAAACCGAUCCGUCAGAAAACCAAAAAUGCAGUGGUGAGUAUUCUUGGUUCUGAAGAAGUUUGUAUGGAACUUCUAAAAGGAAGUAGUGAUCAAGAGCGCGUGAAGGAGGUACUUAGAAUAUCCUCAGAUGGAAGCACAAUCCAUAUUUAUCACCCAAAUGAGGGCAAAGGUUUCCCACUGGAUGACAGACCUCCAUCUCCACCAGAGGAUGUAUUUGCUUACAGUUUUGACAACUUGCCAGAAAAGUACUGGAAAAAAUAUCAAUAUGCAUCCAAGUUCGUCCAUUUAGUAAGAUCUAAAACUCCAAAGGUCACACUGUACACUAAAUAUGCCAAAUGCAUGUUAAUGGAGAAUAGUCCACAAGCUGAUGUUGAAGUCUGCUUUUACGAUGGAGCCAAAAUUAACAAAACAUCAGAGUUUCUUCGAAUCAUAGACAAAUCUGGAAAAUCUCACACCCUCAAAGGAACAAAGAUAAAUGGGCCAGGAGAAGAACUCAAUUCUUACGUGGAACAUGCUCACAAGGCUCAUCAGACCUGUCUUGAACUGGAAUCAAUAAUUGCCAUACAAGAUGAAAGGAAGGAAAAGCCAGUGUCAUUUUUUCCAAUAAUUAUUGGAAGACGGCCAUCCAGUGCAGACCCAAUGCUGUCUCCAGCUCCUUCAGUAGGCCCAAAAUCUGCAGCAGUGGAGCAACCACAGAUCCAACAUAUCUUUUCUAGCCAUACUACAAGUAUUGCUCCUUCUAUUUGUUCAUGUGAAAGUUCCAAUUUAACAACAACCUCUGAAAAAAAUAAAUCUGCACCUUCAACUCAGACUGUAGUAUCUCCCAGUCCAGGACAGGUGCUGAAAUCUGUGUUUGUACCUAAUGUUGGUUGGGCUUCUCAGCUAAUCAGUGGUGAAGUCUGGGUCCAAUUUAACGAUGGUUCCCAGCUCCUGGUGCAAGCUGGAGUCGCAUCUGUUGUUUACACGUCUCCUCAGGGCCAAGCAGUCAGGUAUGGGCAAAAUGAGAAGAUUCCAGAUCAUGUGAAAGGGAAACUACAGUGCCUCUCUUCAAUCCUAGGAUUGCUGGCAAAUCAAACAAACCAACAUAUUAUUCAGUAAGCAGGUUCAUCUGUAAUGUGAAGUCAGAAGUUUGGCAACAUUUCUCUUCUGUUGUUCAGCAUGCAUUUGAGAAAACUUGAGUUUUCUUUUUCUGUAAUAGUAUGAAACUUGACUAACAACUAACCAAGUUCAAGUUGAAGAAUUGUUUAUAGAACAGUGUAAAUAUGCUAUAAAGUCUGUAUAUUUUGUAAUGCUUAAUGUACAUUGAAGACUUUUAUUUUUCUAUUGCUCAUUUAGGCGAAUUUUGAAUGAACAUCAAUGUCACGUGUUAAAACAAUUUAAAAAAAGUUGAAGUGGUAGAUUGUUAAAUUGUAUUUGUCUGUUUUUGUGUAUAAAGGGAUUUAUACAAAUUAUAUAAACUUGUACAGGAACAUUUUGUUUUUGUAAGACAAUUUUAUAUAGGCAUUUUAUAUACUUCUGUGGAUGUAUUUUGAUUUCCACCAUCUUAGCAUUGAUCUGUUUGUGCCAUGUUCUAGCUUUACACUUUCACCUGUUGUAAGCAACACACUUUUUUCUAUUCCUCUCCCAAAUGAAAUUGGGAAUUGUACUCUCAGCAUCAUGAAACCUUUUUUACCCUGGAUUUUUAACACCUUUUUGAAAUCUUGAAAUGGCAAAGCAAAACAAUUUACAAAUUUAGCAAGUAAUGCUACAUAUUCUGGUAUUUUGUUAAUGUGGAAAGUAUGUUAAAGUUGGCUGCAGUACUUCUGCCCAAUACUUUCACUUGUUUUAAAAUCAGUAAGUAUUAAAUAUUUACAAACUUUGGUUUUAAUCUCAGGGGUCCAACCUUAGUAUGCAGCUGAAAAAAAUGAUUUGCUGAAGUGAAUGAAACAAGCACCCAGUUGCUGAAUUGGCAUGAAUUGUUUGAAUUGUGAUUUUUGAGUAUAAUUGUCUUACAGAAACUGAAGUCUAGACUUUGCCGUUAUUCCCUGGCAUUAUUGUAAAUUAUGUAUAUUGUGCACAUAUUUGUACUAUUUUUGUAUUUGGUUGACUAUUUUAAUACAAUAAUUGGUUUGGAUUUUGUUGUAGUUUACUGCUGUAGAAAAAUUUAGUUUCACUCAACUCCCCAUCCUUAAACUGUCACAUUUCAGGAUCUUCCACUCUCUUCACAAUUUUAAAAGAUGUUGUGUAUCAUACAAAAUUUUUUUCAAUGUAAAGUGGCUGAACUGAAAGGUAGUUUUAAGAAAAUAAGAAUUGACAUUGAUGCUUUCUAACUUGUAACUGUCCCAACAAUCAAACCUCUCAUCCGUUACAUUGGAAGUUUUCACUUUCCCUUUCUGGUUAUGAACCAUGAAAUAGAAAACAGAUGUGUGGAAGAUUGUGGGGCAGCAGUGACAGGGGGAAUAGUUGGGUCAGAAAAAAUGAAGAGCUUCUGUUGUAGUGAAUAUUAUUGCUGGAGGAUAAGUUUUUCUUUAAAAAACCAUUAACUGACCCAAUUAUCAAUUUUCAAAUUUUGUUUUCUUUACACCAGUUGUAUAAAUUAGGAUUCUUUUAAAUUUGUUUUACAGCUAUUCAGUGUGCUUACCUUACUGAGAAAUAAAGCAGCUUAGCAUUUGUGUAUGGCCUACUCUCACCCAAUAUUUAAGUCUGGCAGCAUCUGUGGACAGAUUUGAUGAAUUGGGUUGAAUGGACAUUAGUGUUUUUGUUGGUCAAGACUUUUAGCUUGUGCAGUGUUUGGUGAGACUAAAGGAAAAUAUAUAUUUGGUUCACAUUCUAAAAAAUGGAAAUACAUGCAUAAUACCCACACAUCUAAUUCAAGUCAGAAGGACACUGUUCCCCUCUAUCAGGUAGACUUAGACCAUGUGUGUUGCCAUUCUUAAUGCAAUCCAGAUUCAUUCAAUAUUGCAGAAGUCAGCUGUGCAUGUGUACUAAACAUCCAUUUCCAGUAAGUGUGUACACAAACUACCACUCAGCCAAGGAGGUUAUGUAUGAUAAAUCCAUUUUUUAAUUAGAAGCAGUUAAGUAAGUCGCAACAAUAUGCAAAGUGAAAAUAACAUCUGCAGUACAAGUCCCUAUAAAAUAUAAAGUGCAAUCAGUUAGGUUUCAUCAGUUUUGUUUUUAGCCUUGGAAAAAAUUUUUUUUUGGCCCAUCAUUAUUGCAGUCUCUGAUAGUGGAUUGAGAAUCCUAACAGUCUGUUGUAUAUCAGACCCAUCAGUAUUAUAGCUGCCAUCACAAUCCCACAAAUGGGGCCAAAUGUCCAUCGAGGUCCAUAAUGAGUGUAAACUUGACUAACGAACACAGGUCCAAGUGUGCGUGCUCCACUCCCAGCAGCUGUUAGCCAGCCCAUAUAAACACCCUAAGAAGUUAAGUGAGAACAAACUUGGAUGUCAUACACUGUUGAUCAAGCAAAAACUUAAAUUUUUGAAGCAGUUCUGUGGUUAAUAUUAAUACUGUUAAAUAGCAAUUCUAUGGUUGUUUAAAAAUAGCAAGUAUGGUUAAAAUAAUUUGGCUUUAAAUUUGUCAAAUUUAAGCCUCUGUAGGAGAUGCUUUUCUUCCAGAUAUGGAACAGAAUGUUUAUUCCAACUUGUUCUCGUCAGCUGUCUUCUACAGUCUAGCUAACAAAAGAAAUACCUUUCAGUCUAGUUCCUGUAAUAGUUGAUCUGACAGUGAGUAAGCCUUCAAUUCAAAUUUGCUUACUGCACAAUUUUUGUCUGUAUUAUAUACACUGGUGAGCACAGGUAUAUGUUGAGUUCUUGAGACUAGUUAGCACGAGCUUGACUUUAUGCUCUGAUUCUCGUCAAGUUUUUUUUAAUUGGUCAGUGGAGUGGAACAUCUGUCAUUUUUAUAAAACCAGUUGUUAAGCUUCAACUACAAGCUAUUUUGUUAAAGGAGAGCAUGUUGGUGCUGUAAGAUACUUUCAUGGAAAAUGAAGCGAUGAAUUGUGAAACUGAGAACAUUUUAAUUUGAAAAUUACAACGACUGUAGCAGUCCAAGUACUUUGUCUAACUAUGGUCUUUGAUUAUACCAACUUAAAAUAAGAUGAAAGAAAAUUAACGGAAAGCAAAAGAUCACCACUAUAUAAUUACAAAAAUAUGACAAUAUAAAUACAACCACAAGCUUGUUAGAGCAUGUUAUUGAGAAAUCCACUGUCUUAUUUUAUUCAUUGAUGGCUGUUGACAUUG